GGGGCUGGGCCGGGGAAGCGGGAUACUGUACGCAGUUGGCGCGGCGGAUGCGCCGAACCGGAGGGUGAGGUCGCGCGGUGGCGCUGGAACAGCUCUGCCCUCUGGAACGGGCCCGGGACGGCAAGGGAGCUGCCGCGAUGCCAGGCGAAAAUAUCUUCCUGUUCGUGCCUAACCUCAUUGGUUAUGCCCGGAUCGUCUUCGCCAUCAUUGCUUUCUACUUCAUGCCCUGCUGCCCCCUCACGGCCUCAUCCUUCUACCUGCUCAGCGGACUUCUGGACGCUUUCGAUGGACACGCUGCUCGAGCCCUUAAUCAAGGGACCCGGUUUGGGGCCAUGCUGGACAUGCUGACGGACCGCUGCUCCACCAUGUGUCUGCUAGUCAACCUGGCACUGCUGUACCCUCGAGCAACCCUUCUCUUUCAGCUCAGUAUGAGCUUGGAUGUGGCCAGCCACUGGCUGCACCUCCACAGUUCUGUGGUCCGAGGCAGUGAAAGUCACAAAAUGAUCGACCUGUCUGGAAACCCGGUGCUUCGAAUCUACUAUACCUCCAGACCUGCUCUCUUCGUCCUAUGUGCUGGAAAUGAGCUCUUCUACUGCCUCCUCUAUCUGUUCAAUUUCUCCGAGGGACCACUAGUUGGCUCCGUGGGUCUUUUCCGAAUGGGCCUCUGGAUCACCGCCCCCAUUGCUUUGCUGAAGUCUGUCAUCAGUAUCAUCCACCUGAUCACAGCUGCCCGCAACAUGGCUGCCCUGGACGCGGCAGACCGUGCCAAAAAAAAGUGACUCUGGAUCUUCCAGUCCCCCAGCGCCCACUUGCCCUGGGAGUCUCACUGUGCCACACGGCUCCCUUUCCCCUCCUAGGAGGUCCCAGUCUCAUGUCUUCCUAAUGUGUUAUCCAACCCACUGGGAUGAGGGUCAGCUUCUCUUUGGUGAUGUUGUCUUCUCCAAACUCCUGAGGGCUGGUCCCACCCCUGUAAGCACCAAGGACCUGGGCUUCAAUUGAGGAAGGAUACUCAGGGGACCCCACCCAUACAGGUGAUGAUGCCCCUGGGGCCCCAGGAGGCCUAUCUGAGGACUGGGCAUUGUCACGCCCUGCUGACUCAGCCCUGGGGUCUGGCUUGGCCUGAUAUUUUAGGGACACUUGAGUGAGGGAGAUGAUGUAGGGGCCGAGGUUCACAAAAGGCAGGAGAUUCAGGCUUCCACCCCUGACCAGAGGCAGCCUGGGGACGCCACACCCAGGAGGGAAGGAGCCUUUUAGGUCCUUCUCUGUUGCAGUUUCCUCUCUCCCAUCUACCCUGGACCUGGAAGCCUUGAUAAUAAAGGCGGGAGCUUCACUAUCUGGACUUUGUUUCCUUGCCGAUACUCUUGGACCAAGGCCUGGGUCCAGGGGAUCCUUAGGGAAAAAGGGAAGAUGGAGCUGGGCCCCUAGUUUGCUGAAUGGCUCUUUCCUGCCAUUCCACGGUGCCCUCAAAGGCUUUCUCUGCCACCCAAGCACAUGCCAUGUCCUCUCUACCCACCUGCUUUAUUUUCUUUAUAACAUUGCCUCCAUUUAUUUGUAUAGUUGAUAUUUUCUACCACACUAGAAUGUAAGCUCCAUGAGGGCACAGACUUUCUGUUCCGUCUCUACGCCUCGAAUGAAGACUAACCGUAACCUGGCAUAUCGUAGCUGGUUAGUAAAUAUUUGUGAAUAGAUCAGCUGGUUUCUCAAAGUGUACUCUAGGGAUGGGCCCAGAAGUCUGCAAUUUUAAACAAUUUUGAGGAGCCCUGGUGGCACAGUAGUCAAGAACUCAGCUGCUAACCAAAAAGUAGGCAGUUUGAAUCCAUCAGCCACUCCUUGGAAACCCUGUGGGGCUGUUCUGCUCUAUCCUAUAGGGUUGCUAUGAGUUGGAAUCAACUUGACGGUAACAGGUUUUGUUUUCUUUUUUUUGGCCAUAUACCAGGCAUCAUUCUGGGCAUCGGUCCCUAGCAGCUACUCCUACUAUUUAUCUGAGCUUUCUCUGCUGCCUGGCACCUGCUUUCUUUUGAAAGCUAUACUGGGCCUCCCAUCUGUCAGACCCUGUACUGGGGGUCUUUUGCAGAUGUUACUCAUUUAAUCUUCAUAAAGCUCAGCCAAGAGGCAGUCAGUGUCCAGAAGAGUUGAAACUUAGCCGAUGUGUAUUGAGCCUCAACUCUUGUACUGGGCACAGGGACUCAGUGUGGAGCUCUGCAGCCAGCUUCCCAGCCCCCUUGGAGGUCACAGGAGUGAUAACAGAUGGCUUAGGGAGUAGAAACCUCACUUAGGUUCUGGAGAAGGGGGUGGGUAGCCUAAAUUGCAUAGGGAUUGAGGAGGGAAGGGCUAGCAGAGGAGAGAAUUCCCAGCUGAGGGAACAGCAUACAACCUCAGGGAGGCCAGAGAUCACCCUCGGAAACCAGAAAUGGAAGUAGAUAGAUUCUGCUGGGGGUGAGGUGGGGUGGUGAUGAGAGAUAAGGCAGAAGAAGCCAGCAGGGCAGCCUGAGGAGCCUGGUAGGGCACGGGCCACACGGAGCUACUAAAGGGAUUUUUGUUUUAAAUAGGUAAAAUAUUCACAUAAAACUUCAAACACUGCAGAAGGAUGACAAAACAGUCUCUUCCCACCUCAAGCUCUCCGCUCUCCCCCGAGGCAACCACUACUAAUUUCUUGUGUGUUUGUCUAAAUAAAUCCCUUACAUCUAAACAGAUUUCCAUAUUUUAAAAUUCUUCUAUAGAUUCGCCGCUCUGCUGCUAACAAGCUAUCGCUGUUCUAAGUGCUUUUUUGUGUUCUUUUAUCUCAGAACUGUGUUAUAUACUAUACAUUAUAGUAAUCUGUUAUUGUGCUCACUUUACAGACAGGAAAUUGUGGUCCCUGACAGGAUUUCAACCUGGCUAGUUUGGCUCCAGAGCCUGCACACUUAACACUGAGAAUACUCAGCACUGCCAUAUCAAUAUAAUAAGCAUAAUAUUCAUAAUGGCUGCAUAGUAUUCCAUUAAUGACUUCAUAAAGUCCUGCUACUCUGAACAAUGCUUCAGCAAAUCAUCUCUGACCUCUUUUGGGGGGGCAGUUAGGAUGGACAUUGAAGGGCUAUAAGCAGGGCAGUAGCAAGGAAAGAUUUGUGCUUGAAAAAGAUGUUGCACAAAGCGGACCUGUCUCUCCAACUUCUAGUGUGCCCUCGUCUGGCUUCCUGCUCCCAGUCAAGGUGGGAGACCAAAUAAGGGGCACCUUGCUCACUGAGAGGGCGGUGGGAAAGAUGUCCUCCCAGCUCCUGCUCUGGAGCUCUUUUUCCUUCCCUUAGUCCUUUGUGAGUCAGCUCUCUUCUCCAGCCAGAUGGACCCCCUGAGCACUUGCUGAGGCCCAAGAGCUGGGAGUCCUCUGCCCUGCCAGCUCCCACAGCCCCGACUGGCUCCUUAGUGCUUACAGUGACAUCAGAAGUCUCUAACUUAUCCAACUAUAUGUGAGCCUUUUAGGAGUGAGGAGGAGAGUGUGAGCACCUUCCACUCCAGUAGAAUGUGUCCCUGGGGCUCCUCAGGCACUGAGGGCCCCGGGAAGGACUUUCUAGUCCCUCUCCCACGCAUGAGGUCUGGAGGUUGGUCUACUAUCUUCUGUCCCAUGUCCAGUAGCUGGCCUGAGCUCAAGAGGAACCUGCAGAGCACAGACCCUGUGUUUAUAGCCCAGAACCUGUGACCUGUGAUCCCUUGGGGGUUUCAGGUAGGGAGUGGGGAAUAGGGGAAGUCUGCGCUGAACUGGGUCCUGGAGGCACUAUUUUUGAUUUCGGAACACAGUGGAGUCACAUUGUAUGUGCAGUGUAACUUUUUGGAAUUCAACUAUACACUUAUGGACAGAAGGAAUAACUACCAUGCAGAAAUUCCAUCUGCUCAUUCCACUCAAUAAGCGCGCACCUCAGAGAGGGCAUGAAAUGGGUACCAAAACUGCUGUUCUCUCAGGUAGUCUUAGGUCUCAUAGUGUGAUUAAAGGUAACACUAGCUGCUGUAACAAACCCCAAAAUGUAUACUGGCUCUAUCCUGGUAGAAGUUGAUUUCUAACUCAUGUAAAGGCCUGUCAGGUGCCCCUGACUAGGAAGCAUCUCCUGCAAGCUGUGAUUCAGGGACUCAGGUUCCUCCCAUCUUAGGUUUCCACUAUUGUUAGCACAUGGCUUCCAAGAUUGCCCUGCCUGUUCGCAUCAUGCCCUCAGAUGGGUAUGGAGAACUGCACGAGGCUUGGGAAGGCAUGGAAUUCACACGUGUUACUUCCACUCAUAUUUCAUUGGUUACAACUCAGUCACAGGAACACAUCAAAGUGCAAGGAGGUUGUGAAAUAUAGAUCCGUGUGUGGGCCUAAGAAGAGGAAAUAGGUUUGAUAAGCAGCGUCUGACCAUGCUGAAUGUGAUUUUGCCCUUUAAAGACAUAGAUUCUUUUAAAACGAGUCCUUAAAUCAAUUAUUUUACCUGGUACUCAACCAAACAAAAGCUCAGUGCUGGAGAAAAACAGGCUGUGCUGAAUUUAAUCAGAGAUCACACAGCACUGUAUUUUAUGGACAAUUUAAGAGACUUUCAAGGGUAGUUUGGUAACAAGUGUUCCUCCCAGUGGGGACCAACUUGGAAUCUGGCUCUGAUGUAAACCGAGCUCCACUAUUUCCAGCAAGGUCUGUUUGCCUGUCACUGGCGUGUAUCUUGUCUGUCCCAUCUUCAUAUAUACAAUAAAAGAGCAGUUUCCCAUGUUACCUUAUCGGGUCUCACAAUCCUGUGAGGUAGAUUUAGCAGUCAGGCUAGGCUAGGCGAUGCUAUGGAGUGCAGCCCUGAAGGCGUUGAAGGGGUGAGAUCUAUGGGGGUGGGGGGUGAGGCGGGGGGAGGUGAGACGCUGGGACACAUCCUCUGUGGGAACAGGAGAGAAGACAGGGAGUCCAGAUGCCAACAGUUUGUUAGAUUUGCUGCUGGGAGGGGGCGGGCCUUCCUGCCCAAUUUGCUUCUAUUUUCUCAAUGAGGUCAGAGAAAGUGGGCAGAGGUGUAGGUUGUGAAGAGAGUUGUGAAAAGAGGAGGUGUGAAUGGUUGUUCUGAAAGAGGAGUCUCACACGAGAGAGAAUUGCAGUCAGGACCUAUUACGCCUCCCUUGAAAUUUGCUACCAUGAGUUUCAAAUGAGAUCUAUCAGCAAGGUGGCAUAUUUCUCUUCCAACAGCAUGUGGCUAGUCAGGUCCAGGGCAGGCUGCAGGUGCCUCCAGAGGCUAGUUGAUAGAAGAAGGUAUGGGCUUUUCCCACUAAGUGUCAUGGUGGGGAGGGGGCGAAGGAGUUAAAGGAGGUUUCACGUCAGUGAUUACAUUGAUAGACCAUCUAAACCGGGCAAAGAUGGAAAUGAAAAGGAGGUUGUAGAUGAUAAGAAAAUGGCUGGGGUCAACAUUAUUGAAGUUUGAGGUGGAGAAAUGGCUACUUGGAAACUGAGGAUGAGACAGCAAGGGUUGAGGUUUUAGAGGUUAUGUGGUUAUUAGCAAUGACAAGGUCAAAGGAUGCCCAUAGGAGCGGGGACUGAGAUGGGAAGGAACCUACCACAUAUCCACUUGGGCCAAUCUUGCCUAGUUGUCACUCAUCCCCAGAGGCCCUUGGUAAUAAACAAUGCUAACUUUUAACACUUAAUAUGCACCAGAAACCAGAUGAAGAACUUUAAAUUAAUUGCCUCUCCUCGACUUGACGGCACAGUGUAAGGGGAAAAGCAGGAGAGCUUUGGGAGGGUGGAGGCGGACUCAUUUGCCUAGUCCACAAACACUGAGCCAGCACCACUGAGUGCUGUGGACCCUGCCUCAACAAGCUCGUGCUUGAGUAAAGCCACUGACCACACAAAUGCAACUCAACUCAAAAAGAGAGAAGGCCCAUGGUAUUAGGCCCCAGUAGGGAAAAAGGAAUUAGACCCUAAGAAAGAGUCAUCCAUUACAUUUGUACCUUCACACCAACCCUACCCAGUAGAAUUGCUGGCCCAUUUUAUAGACAAGGAAAGGAGGUCAGAGAGGUUGAGUUGCCUGCUCUAACCACACAGUGAGUAAGCCCAAGCUUCUCCCUCCUUCCCUGGAAUCUUUUCAUUCCUUCAGCACCAACCAGGCAGGCCUAGCACUUACAGCUCUACUGGCUGGAAGGGGCUGGUGCACCUUGCAGCACCCACUUGUGCAACCAGAUUGAUCGAGGCUGGAUCCUUCCCCUUUCAGCAGAGCUUCUAAACUAAGACAGGCUGGGAAGAAAGACGUGACAUUCAGCUUCCAAAAGUCAGCCAAUAAAAACCCUAUGGAUCACAAUAAUUCAAUCCGUACCUAUCAUGGGGAAGGCACAGGAUAGCAUUUUGUUCCAUUGUACAUGGGGUUACCAUGAGUCGAGAGUCAACUCCAGGGCAGCUAACAACAACUGGUUAUGUUAGCUCCCUCCCUCCAUGCUUCCAAAGAGCCCAGACCAGAAGCUUAGGGAGCUACUCUGGCUCCUACUGCCCCUGGGCAAGGUCAUCUUCCCUGAUCUGAGAAGGGACAAGCUAACAGGCCGGAAAGUUGCACAAUUCGACCAGCAGGUGGUGCCAAGGGGAAACUCCCCAAGGAUGG